AGGCUUCAGACUAGUCUUCAGGUGAUGACUGAGAUCUUUGGAGAGCAAGAAAUGCUCAUCCUCCACCGUGUAGCUAUGGAGAUGGCUUACGCGGACAGGGUUUUCGGAACGAAAGACACUUCCGCCGUUGUCCAAGGAGUUGAGAUCAUUCAACUGGAUGACGAUGACGAUGAGAUGCUGGAUGCUUCUCAGAUGUCUAUGACACGUAAUGGAACCCUAGGAGGAAGCGCAGGUAGAUUUUCCAUGAGAACGGCUAAAGCAAUUAUUUUCUUUUUUUAAGACUUAUUAGCCGGCUACUUGGAAUGGUUGACCCUGAGGUUUGAUUGUUUACUUAACUGUGUUUUUUCAAACGCAGAUGCUCUUGUUCCUUUCCAGCCCCAGCCCCUCGCACAAAUCCUCCCUCCACAAGCACCGCCUGUGUUGUGGAUGUUGGGAUGGAUAUGCUUGACUAUCCUGAGUUCUACAACGCUCAAAGGGAUGGUCGCCUUGUCACUGCAGACUCCGCGUUUUGGAACGAGAUCAUUGAUGAAAAUUACCAGUCUCUGGAAGGCGUUUACCUCCUCACCAACACCACAAACGGAACACAAGUUGGACUGACUCAAGGGGAAUCAUCACGUGGGUUCACUGAUGUGGUUUGCAAUCAGUUAGGAGCAGAGGUGGUGCGAACUGAGAUCGGAAAGGAAGACAACGGAGGUGGUGGUAUAGAGGCAGGACUUGGAACAACAACAGAGAAGCUAAACAACUCUCUUCCUUCCCCAUCACUCACGCUAACUUUGGCAUGCGGCUCAGCAGCUUUCGAUGGUCCACACCGCCAACUCUUAAUGUGAGAACACAUCGUCGGAGGAGAGCGACACAGAGGGUGGGUACUGAUUUGAAAAGAUCAUCAAGUUCUAUGUUUAAUAUGUAUGUAUGGCAGUUAGUAGUUAAGAAGUCUGGUAUUGCAAGUAGUUUGGACGGUUAAUAGGAAGUAUAACCUUUUGGUGGUUGGUUUUUGGGUUACACUUUGUUUAACCGUGGGCAAAUCGUUUGGUUUAAAUGGGUUUAUGGUAAUGUUGUUUUAAUCUCGGGAUGUUGGCGGCUGAAAGGGACCGUCAU